AUGACAGCCACACAGAGCUGGCCAGAACAGGGUUGGGCACUCUUACAACUGUUGCUGGUGGCAUCUUUCUCACAGGCUGAGGAGCCGGUGUGCAGGCAGAGAGGGGAUCCUGAGAACCCCCAGCUAUCCAAGGAUGGGGACAUUAUGUUGGGAGGAAUCUUCUCUUUCCACAGCAGCUGGAAAGAUAGACAGGACACCUACAUGCACAAACCACUUCCUCUGCAAUGCACCAGUUUGAAUUUCAGAGGUUUCCAGUAUGCCCAGGCUAUGCUCUUUGCCAUAGAGGAGAUUAAUAACAGUACAGACCUACUGCCUGGCAUCUCUCUGGGCUAUAAGCUCUAUGAUGCCUGUGGCUCAACGGCCAGAGGUGUGAGAGUUACACUGACCUUGGCUAAUGGUAAUGAAGUGGUAUCUAUACCCUUACAGGAACCAUGUACCAGACCAGCUCAAGUGCAGGCCAUUAUGGGAGAAACCUCUUCCUCUCCUUGCAUGGCUAUAGCUACUGUCAUUGGACCCUUUCAUAUCCCAAUGGUGAGUUAUUUUGCCACCUGUGCCUGUCUGACUAACAAGCAUAUGUACCCAUCAUUCAUGCGGACUGUGCCAAGUGAUCUCUUUCAAGUUCAAGGUCUUGUUCAGCUGGUCACCUUUUUAGGAUGGCUCUGGGUGGGCACAAUCGGGACCAUGGAUGACUACAGUCACUAUGGCAUCCAAGCAUUUUCUAAUCAGUUUAGACAACAAGGAGGGUGUCUGGAAUUUCAUCUGACUAUCCCAAAAUCACCCACAGUGACUGAGAUACAACAUAUGGCAGACAAGCUGCAGAGUUCAACCGCAAAGGUAGUGGUGGUCUUUGCCACAGAGGGACAACUGCUGGAUCUGCUUAUAGAGUUGGCUCAAAGAAAUGUGACAGGGAUCCAGUGGGUAGCUAGUGAAGCCUGGGUGACCGCUAGCCUGCUGAGCUCACCUCGCUUUCACUCUCUCUUAGAGGGCACGCUGGGCUUCUCCUUCCCUGGGGUCAGGAUCCCCGGCUUGAAAGAGUUUCUGCUGAAUGUUCGCCCUUCUCCCAAACCUGGGAUGGAAUUUGUCAACAUGUUCUGGGAAGAGCUGUUUGGCUGCAGGCUAAAAUUUAUAGGAGACAGGUCCAAAGAAAAUCCUACAUGCACUGGUUCAGAGGAUCUUAGGUACACUGCCAGCAGUUACACAGAUGUAUCUCAGGUCAGAAUAUCAUAUAAUGUGUAUAAAGCUGUAUACGCCAUCGCCCAUGCUCUGCACACUUUACUGAAUUGUGACUCUGAAGGACAUAACAAGGGAAUGUGUGAGACACAUAAGCCAUUUACAUCUAGGCAGUUGCUGCAUCAUCUAAAAACAGUGAAUUUUACCAACCAGUUUGAGGAGAAGGUAUAUUUUGACUCCAAUGGAGAGCCGGUCCCUCUCUACGACAUCAUUAACUGGCAGAAGGACACCAAGGGUGAAAUUAGAUUUAUCAAAGUGGGAAGCUAUGACGGUUCAGCACCAUUGAGACAACAGUUGCAGAUAGAGCAGAGUACCGUUGUAUGGACAAAUGGACAGUCACAGGUGCCUACAUCUCAGUGUAGUGUCCCAUGUCCCCCUGGCAGCAGGCAGGCCAGACGUCCUGGGGAGCCCCACUGCUGCUUUGACUGUUUGCCCUGUGCAGAUGGAGAGAUCAGCAACCAUACUGGUUCCACUGAGUGUACGAAAUGUCCUGAAUACUUCUGGUCAGACAAGGAUAAGGUGAAAUGUGUGGCCGGUGUCGAGGAAUUCCUGUCUUUCCAUGAUACGAUGGGCAUCAUCCUGGUCGCACUCACACUACUUGGUGUUGUCCUGACAACGAUCAUCACUGCUGUUUUUCACCAUUUCCGUUCCACUCCGAUCGUCAAGGCCAACAACUCAGAAAUAAGUUUUUUGCUUCUCCUGUCACUCACACUCUGCUUCUUGUGUUCCCUGCUGUUUGUUGGCCAGCCGUCUGUGUGGACAUGUAGGCUUCGACAGGCAGCAUUCGGGAUUAGUUUUGUCCUUUGUCUGUCCUGCCUCCUUGUUAAGACCAUUGUGGUUCUCUUGGCCUUCAGAUCUAAUGUACCUGGUUCUAGGGCUCUGAAGCUGUUUGGUCCCUCUCAACAGAGGACCCUGAUUCUCUGCACUACAACCCCUCAGGUGUGUCUUUGCGCUGGUUGGAUUUUAGGAGCACCUCCCUUCCCAUUCAAGAAUCCAAACUACCAAGCCUCAACUGGAAAAAUUGUUGUGGAGUGUAAGGAGCCAUGGCCCCCUGGAUUUUAUCUCGUCCUGGGCUACAUCGGUCUAAUGGCCUUCGUCUGCCUCCUCCUGGCAUUCCUCGGACGCAAGCUACCUGAUAGAUUCAAUGAGGCAAAGCUCAUCACCUUCAGCAUGCUGAUCUUCUGUGCCGUGUGGAUUUCUUUCAUCCCAGCUUAUGUCAGCUCCCCUGGGAAGUUUACUGUGGCUGUUGAAGUUUUUGCUAUAUUAGCAUCCAGUUUAGGACUGUUGCUUUGUAUUUUUGUACCCAAAUGUUAUAUUAUUUUAUUUCGGCCUCAGAGAAACAUUAAGAAAGGCAUGACUGGAAAAUAUCUGUCAUGA